AGUAAACCUCUCAAAAAUCGAACUUUCAAAUCAGUGUCAAAAUUACAGUGAAAAUGUAAAGACUGUAUAAAAUAUACACUCACCAACAUCCCAAUUUUUAGCAAUCAACACUAACAAUACGAUCAAAAUGCAGUUGCUCCAUGACCACCCGACAUUAGCCGUGAGGAAUCAGAAGGAUUCCGAUUUGGAGGUGAAGGAGAGAAGGUCUUCGAACGCUUCGCUGAUGAAACCUGUGGCCAGUGGGGACAAUGUGACUACGGGGCUGACCUCGGCGCACAGGCUGAAAGAGGAGCUGCCGCCUUUAGUGCCGUGCUGCGAGGGAAAAGAACUCCAGAUAAACGAGGACCUGGUGCGCACCGGCCUGUCAGCCAUCUCCGUCAAGCAUGAGAACAUCAUUCACUGCCUCAGCUCUUCAGAAGCCUGUGGGAGGAUCCAGCUGACGCCGGGGAUCGUGAAGCGUCGCAACUCAUACCGCUGCCUUCAUCGCCCGGACUUGAAGCGGGUGCCGUACCUCGGUCGGAUGACGCCGGACGAGCUGGAAUCACUGUUCAGGGGCCACGCGGACUUCCCACCCUGGUCGCAGAGGAACGAUAACCAAGACAAGCCAAGAGUAAUGUUACCGCCUGACGAAAAUAUUCUCAAUCUAGACCUAAGGACCAAAGAACCUACUAUGGCUGAUGAAAACGGCUUAGUACUUCACCCGAUCCCCGAGAUUAGAUCGGGCGCAGAGGAUGUUCCGGUCGGCAUGCGAUUGCACGGAGCUCGUGCGCGAUUAUACACGUCAGUACAGGCGGUUAGAGCGGGGGAUCAGCGCGAUUGCGAUUCAGUAAACGAAGGACUGGAUAGCAGCAUACCUGAAGAUUUGGCGGAAGACGAGGUCCAACUCAAAGAGGAACUUCAGAUCAUACUCCCACCAAGACCUGAUGAUGUCAAUGCUGAUUGGUCGACUACGAGCAAUGUCACCGCUAGUACUAAUAGUUGAACAUAAAUUAAUAAGCUAUUGAGAAACAAUAU